UUUGUAUCUGACUAAAGGGGGGGGAUCUGCCAUUGAAGACACAGACAAUGAAAUCCUUGUGUAAAUCAGCUCCCUUUUGGAAGACAGUAUCCGGAAUCAUGACAGUUGGUCUUCCCGACGCGGAAAUGGUGGCUGGUGCUAUUCUUUUUAGGGUUUUAUCUUCAAAUCUGCGAAUUUUUUCCACAAGAGUAGGGUUGGGAGGAAGGGGCGGAGGUUUAACAGAGGUUUGAGGGCGAUCAAAGGCAAGAGGAGGGGGGCAGUGGUUUUUUUCAGGAUGCAAAGGAGCAGCAUCAGAACAGACACUAGCAACAGUUGGGGUUAAGGAGGAUGCUUUAUUUGUUUGGAUAGGGGAGGUAGACUUUGGCGGCAAGACAGUAAAGGUUUCAGAUGAGGUAUUACUCAGAUCUGUAGAGCUAGCUACAGUAGUUGUUGUUUGGGGCUGAAGAGCUAUUGUGUUAUCAACAGUUGUUUCAGAUCUGGUUUGUGGAUCUACAAUAGAUGCAUUUUCCAAGACCAUUUCAGUAUCGACAUUGCAGGGAGCAAUAUCAGUGGUAGAAAGACCAGCAGAUAUCUGUUGGACAGUUGGGGUGGAAAGGAGAGGAGCAACAGUUGAGAAAGCUAUUGCUCUGGAACGGCGGGAAGGGAUGGUUGGGGAGAGAAGAGGAUACUGAGCUAAGGAAAGAUGGAAGAGAGGAUCAGGUGGGUCUGGGGGGAUGAGGUUUCUUUUAUCACCGAUGGUACAAGACGACGGAGGCGAGGCGGAGGAGCGGCUACCUGUAGCCCACGGGUUUGACAUUGGAAACUGAGCCAGAGAGAUUUUGACUUUUUGGUCUGUGAAACUUUCUCAAAUUUUUCCCUUUUUCCUUCAAUAUUCCAGUGGAGCUGAUGCUGCAUUCGAGUACUUGUGUGCCUAUGCGAAGAGAGCAUUGGGAUUAAUUAACUUAUUUUUCUGUGAAGCUCCUUCAGGUAUAGGAGCUGAAAGCAUACUUAACGACUCAUUUUUUAAUAACCCUAUUCCGAAUCAAGAUGAAGAAGCAAUUAGCGCAGAAAAAGAAGCUUUGAAGGCAGAUAUCUUUAAGCUUCAAAAAGGGGUCUUAAGGUCAAACUGCUUGCUCAGUAUGCCAACGGAUUGGUAGUUCUUGAUCAUCAGCUGCAUCUAUUGGGUAUUAGAGGACCUCCUGUUGUCGAUACGAACAAUCCAUUGGCAGAGAAAUUGAUGGAAGCUUAUGAAAAAAUGGGUCAUGUAAUUGCAAUGCAGUAUGCUGGCUCGGACGCACAUACCAAGAUGUUCAGUGAUUUGAGAGGUGAUUGGAACAUGAUGAUGAAGCACCGUGAUAUGCUAACAGCUGUGCAUCGCUACUACAACAACGCUUAUCAAGACAGCGAAAAGCAGGACGCCAUCAAUGUGUUCUUGGGGAAAUUCAAGCCUCAGUUAGGGAGGCCAGCCCUGUUGGAGUUGCGUUCUGACCAGCGCAACACUAAAAGUAGUAAUCCUAACUUGGAGAUCGAAAACCUGAGGUCAAAACUUACGAGAUCCUUUUCCGAUAACCUCCUCUUGGAGGAUUUGGAUUCAAAGAAGCUAGUACUCGAAAAUCCCCAGCCUUCACGUGAAGGGUUAAACGGUGGCUGGGAAACCACUUCAGAAUUUGGAUUCUAUGAAGAAGAUUCAUCUUCUCCAAGCGUCCACUCUGCUAUUCGCGAUGAAGAUCAUUUUAGAGGAACAGAGUCAAGACAAAUGUAUCCAGGCAGUAGCUCUACGUCUGAUUCUCGCUGGCUUGAUGAUGUACCUGGUUUUUCACACUCAUACAGUGCUAAAUUCACUACGGCAGAGGAAAUGUUUGAACGUAGGAGCUCCAUGUCGUCAGAUAACAUGUUCAGCGACAUGUACAAAUCCUUCACUUCUACAACUGGCACGGAUCAUCCUUCAGAUCCGGAUCAACCAGCAGAUGGAAUUGUUUUAGUCCCUGGCUUCUCAAUUUAUUUCAUUCAGUGGGUGGAACACGGAAGAGCAUUGGAAAGGGUGCGGAGAUGAAACUGUGCUAUGCACCUGAAGGUAGUGCUGGUUACUUGACACGUACGGCAGGGUUGGACAGACAUAAUAACAGGAAGCAUACAAUACCAGACGCAUCUUUGUAAAUACCAGACUCAGCUUUGUAAACGUCCUCGAUUGUUUGCUGUUUCUCCUUUUCCUACCAAAUUUGAUUUCUAUCUUUGAUUUAUGUCUCUUCGCUAUAUAGAGAGGGUGUGGUUUGUUUAAUUUUGUAGUCAUUUAUUGCGGCACAAUGCUAAAUUUUGUAGAU